AUGGAUAUCGCUACCCUAGGAUAUGCCAUUGCGGCAGGCGGCACUCUACUCGUCCUUGUUCUUGUCAAUUUCCUUCCUCUCCUUCCUCGACCUAUUUCAUUUGCACGACCAUUCUUCCGUCGAGCCUCAAGGAUCUUGAGAUAUCGUUACCUUGUUGACCGACAUCGGUUUUUAGGUCCAUGGACUUUUGCAGACGUAAUCAUUCAGGUGAUGUACAUUGGUAUCAACUCUUUCUGCCUCGGCUUCCGAGUCCCUAGCAUUGCAGCGGCUGGCAUACGAGCUGGCAACCUCUCCAUGCUCACCUUGAUUCUGCUGUUUCUCGGCCCACAUCUUAGCUUUCUGGCCGAUAUCAUUGGCGUCUCCCUGAGUACUUUUCAGCAGAUUCAUCGUUCCGCUGGCUUGAUGUCCCUAGGGCUCGUCGUCUUUCACACCCUCGUUAUAUUUGCCUCCCGGACAGCCUUUGCUGUCCAGGGGAGAAAAAACAAAUUUGCGAUAGUAGCUGGAUCGGCCCUCGGUUUCAUUGUCAUCCUCUCUUGGCCUCCUCUCCGUAAACGUUUCUACGAAGUCUUCCUCCGCUUGCAUCAGCUUCUGUCAGCCAUUAUUGCAGCCUCCAUUCUGCUACAUGUUCCUCCGACUCUCCUCCCUCAAAUGUACUUCUACAUCGCUACUGCUGGGACUUUCGUCGUGACCCUCACACUUGAGGCUUGGAUCUGGCUGUUCCGCAAUGGGGUGCUUGCAAAUAAGAUGCCAACAGUUGGAGAGAUCUUCAUAUAUCCAGAGGGGGAUAAGAAAAGCCCGUUCCAAAUGACGAUCUGGCUAGAAAAACCACUAGAAAUCAAGCCUCCACAGCAUAUCAAUAUUUGGAUACCCUCACUUGGUAUUCGGUACCUCCUGCAGAGUCAUCCUUUCAUAGUCACUUCCUGGACCGGCAAGAAGCCGACAAGCUUAGAGCUCUUGAUCGAGCCUCGCCAUGGGUUGACUAGAAGGCUCCAAUCCUUAGCGGUCCCCAAGAUCGGAUACACAGGUGGGUUAGGUCGAGUGCUAUUCACUGGGCCACAUGGAAUCUCCGUUCCGGUCGACCAAUAUGAAUACGUUUUUAUGGUCGCCAGUGGUUAUGGAAUCAUACCCCACUUACCCCUUUUAGAGCGACUCGUUCAAGGAGCACUCGCUCAUGAAGUUCGAGCUCGCCGAAUCCGUUUGGUCUGGGAGCUUGAAGAUAUAGGUAAGUCUUAA